CUGGCAACACUGGAAGCACCGACCCCGGACCGGAGUUAACUGCUGGCUGUCUGGCUGUGUCGGUCGGCGAAACGAAAACGAAACGUCUGGUUGGAUUGGAAAACGUCCACGGAGGAGUUGCUUGAGGAAUUUGUGAAGUGUAAAAAUUGUUCACAACGUUUAUGCAAAGAUAUGAAACUCAUUUUAUUAUCUAAAAACUGUCCUCCUGCUUUAUUCAAGUGUUGAUUGUGAUGCGGAUAUGCGUUAAUUCCGUCUAGACAAAUCGGUGCAGUGCUAAGAAUCGGAAGAUUGGUUGAACUGUGUGUUAUAGUGGUUCAUUUGUGGCAACGUUUUGUGUAAACCGUAAAGAUGCAGGCGAUAAAAUGUGUUGUUGUUGGUGACGGUGCCGUCGGUAAGACCUGCCUACUCAUCAGCUACACGACAAAUGCCUUCCCUGGGGAAUAUAUACCUACAGUAUUCGACAACUACUCCGCUAAUGUUAUGGUCGACGGCAAACCCAUCAACUUGGGUCUAUGGGAUACGGCGGGUCAAGAAGAUUACGACAGGCUGCGACCUCUAUCGUACCCACAAACCGACGUGUUCCUCAUAUGCUUCUCUCUGGUCAAUCCCGCUUCAUUCGAGAACGUUCGGGCUAAGUGGUACCCCGAAGUGCGGCAUCACUGCCCAUCAACGCCCAUCAUCCUGGUCGGCACGAAACUGGAUCUUCGCGAAGACAAAGACACCAUCGAAAAGCUGAAGGACAAGAAAUUAGCGCCUAUUACAUACCCCCAGGGUCUAGGCAUGGCAAAGGAAAUCACCGCUGUGAAGUAUCUCGAGUGCUCUGCGCUCACGCAGAAAGGUUUGAAGACGGUGUUCGACGAGGCAAUCCGCGCCGUGCUGUGCCCCUCGCAGCCGAUCAAGUCGCGGAGUCGGAAGUGUUCCAUUCUGUAAUGGAGGCGCUAACUGCCAACUUGAUAGUGUAGCUGCACUACGAGAAGCCAGUGUAAUUCAGCAUAAGCUUUUCAAAACAGAGCACCGAACACCAGUCCCCAUCACGGGGCCAUAGUGCUGUUAAAAUGGACUGCAACAGAAUGCAUACAUAGCUGUUAAAUUUUACUGUUAUACGCAUUAUUGUAACGUGGGUCGGUGUGAGUGAGCUCCGUAAUGUAAUCGCUUUUUAUAUAAUCUGUAAUCGCUGACAGUUGUCUAUGGUGCGUUGUUGUUUUUAAGGCAAAAGUGUAUCGGAGCAUACAGCCAUAACUUUUUUAUAGAUGGGAUUGUAAAUGGUUUACUUGCUUGCUCGACAUCUAAGUUGUUUAGAAUUAGGUCUUAAAUCUAGGUAUGUAGUGAUAUCGAGAGGAAUAAUCGCGCACAAUCUAUAAAAAUUAUCAUAAAUGUCUAUAAAUGCAAAAUGUUUAAACAUCAAAUUAUAAUAGUUUUGCAUAUGAGACAUUUAUAUAAGCAAUAUUAUACAUUUUUCUAACGAAGGGUGUGGUGUCAAGCAAGUAAGUACUUGUAAUAAAUAUCACAAAAUAUUUAUGAAUAUUGAGACAACUGUCAGUUGUGUAUUUUUUAUCCGAGUUUAACUCAUUUGGGUGCUUCCCUUUAUGCGAUCUUUUCUCUUACAAUUAAUGUUACAUUCCUUGUUGCUAAAAUAAACCUUUGCGUUCGGUACAAAUUUUGUUUUUAAUCGAUUUGAAAUGAAAGUGGUUUUUAAAAUGGAAUUGUUGAAAUUUGUGUUAGACAGAGAUUAUAUUUUUCGAUUUAUUAUUGCUUAUUUCGUUCCCAAUUGUUGUAUUUCAAUGUAAUUGUCGAUAAGUACAGUAUAUAUUAAGAAAGCGGCAGGUCUACGCUUCGUAUUCAUAGCCUUUCAAAGUAAUAGAUGUUAAAAAUGUAAUAUUGUAAAAUUUUAUUUUAAAUCGAUAAGUCAAUAAAUAUCACUAAACAGUUCUGUCUAUGUUCGAAUUUGUUUAAAAAUGCGUUUAUUGUAUUUACUAUGUAUAACUUGUUACGGUCAUUAUUGAUUUUCUUUUUUUUAUAAUGCGUGCGCGCAAAUGCCAAUACGUUAGAUACAUAUCGUGGAGGAUAAGCUGUAAUUUAGAAACCAGUCGAUUAAUCGAUUUAGGUUCGAUUUAACUAACGAUUAAAUGUCUACGUGUGAGGUGUCAACAUUAAUGUUUCGAUUCAUAGAUGUGCGGAGUUUUAUGUGUGAGAUAAUAAAUACUUAAUGUAUUGUUAAAAUAAUAUGAUUGUCCCCACGCACACAUAACACACCAUGCAAAAAAAAACGAAAUAUGAAUACUUGUACCUAACUGGUAGAGUUAGUUUUUACGCAGCAGACACGCUUUACUUUUAUUCGAUUCCCCAAUCGAAUGGACCUCGGUAAUCCAUUUUCAGUAAUCGAUUUACAAUCGGAAUUAAUUCGAUGAAAUUUAUCACGAUCGCACAAUUUACAGCGUAUUUUAAAUAAAUGAAGCAAGCAGAUGUUUACACUCGUCAUCUGCUUGAGACUUUAGAAUUUUGUACCUACUAUUUUGAAGUAUAGAAACGUUUAGAUAUUUUUUAUAAUGAAAUCAAUAUUCGAUUUCUACCACAUAUGCUAUAGAAGUAGUGGUAGAAGAUGAUUUUCAGUCAAUAAUCUAGAUUUAACUGGCGGUUUGAUCGGUUGCCAAAUUUGUAUCUUUUUAACAUGGAAUUUUAACGUGUAAUCUUGCUUUGUGUAUGAAUAAUUAUUUUAACAUUUGCUAUGCUUCAAAAACGUAGUGUAAGAGCAAUACGAAUAGGGAGCAGGUUCAUCGGGAUUAUUGAUGUUGACAAGAUAUAUGUUGUUCACUACAUUCUUUCUCUAACUGUGAAGUUAAACAAAAGAUAAAGAACACAUACGGCUUGUCAACGUUCUUGAAUAGAUACCUAUUACACUUGGUACCCUUCUAUUUGUACAUAUUUAUGAAAACACACAGAUAUCUACAAAACUAACAAUAACUUCUAAAAAUUAAAGACAAAAAUUAUUUUCUUUAUUGAUCUUUCUCUGGUAAAAAAAUUAAGCUACAUAUUCUAAAAAAAUGAGUAACUGCCUGCCAGCCAACGAUAACGCAAACGAACGAAAAGUGGGUAUAAAUCACUAAUCUCGAAAAGUUGAGGACGGAUUUUGUUUCUGUUUGAAAUGUUGGAAGGAGAGUUUUUUUUAUCUAUCUAUAAAUAAAUGCCAUGCGGUCGUUAGUUAAAAAUCAUGUGUCUCGUGUGUUAUCUUACAUAAAUAUACUAGGACUUCAAUAUCCGUAGCACCCGCUCCCUGUAUGUAUCGCCAUUUAGUUUUAUUAGGAGAGGGCACUUUUCUGCUGAAAAUGUGAUAACGGGUUUAGGCUUUAAUUGACUGCCUUGCGGGGGCCUCUUUCUACACUAUGCUAGCCAAUUUCUAAGGUCAUACAAUUUUUAUUAAAAUGGCACUAAGUUAAUUACUGUCUAAAUCCACUCCUAAAAUAUAAAUGUUAUUGUAAGAUGGAAUAGUACACGUAAGUUUGUGUUUAAGAUGUGUGCAAUUGUUACUGCUUGCUAUUCUAUAGUAAAGUCUUUAUGCGAUGAAGAAUUUUAUUUUGUAUUUUUUUUUAUUGUCACUUCACAUUAUUUGUAUUCGGUUACUUCACUACAAAAAUUAUGUAUGUACCCAUGCUACAUUAGUUUUAGAACAGAGAUAACGACAGUAUUUUCAAUGUCAUCUGUAUUCACACUUUUAAGGGUUAAGGCUUGUUAAAUUUUUUAUCAUCGUGGAAAUAUAUGACGUUUGUACCCUACUGGGACCGUAAAAAUGUGUAAAAUUAGUAAAGCACCAACAAUUGCACAAAACAAUAGCCGUAAGAUUUUAAUGUAUGUAUUGUUCAGAUGCAAAUAUAUUUAGAAGAAUCAGCAUGUAAAUAACGGUAAUUUAGUAUUAACUAAAAUAUAACUAACGCCAUUUAAUUUGGUGUGCAUUUUAUAUGAAUCCAUAAUAGGGAAGCUUCGCAUUUCUCGAUAAGUUGAAAUGGACUUGUUAGUGUUAAAUUAAUAAAAUUAAUAUUCCUUUUAUUUUCA